AUGGCGUCUCUGAGGGACUGUAAGGCCUGGCAGGAUGCUGGACUUGCCCUGUCCACCACUAACAAUGAAGCCUGUAAGCUAUUUGAUGCUGUGCUGACGCAGUAUGCAACCUGGACCAAUGAUCAGAGCCUUGGAGGUAUUGAGGGAUGUCUCUCCAAGUUAAAAGCAGCAGAGCCAAACUUUACAAUGGGACUUGUCAUCGCCAAUGGUUUGGAGUUGGUUGGCACUGGGAGUUCAGUGCGGCUCAGCAAGGAGCUGGAUGGUGCCAUGAGAACAAUGCUGAUGCUUUCAAAGUCACAGCCCCUGACUGAGCGAGAGAAGCUUCAUGUCUCAGCGCUGGACAUGUUUGCCAGGGGGCAGCUUCCAAAAGCUUGUGAUCUAUGGGAGGAGAUUCUGCAGAGCCACCCCACUGACCUGCUAGCCCUCAAAUUUUCCCAGGACACUUACUUCUACUUGGGCUACCAAACACAGAUGCGAGAUUCUAUUGCCCGGGUUUAUCCUUUCUGGACACCUGAUAUUCCACUGAGCAGCUACGUGAAGGGCUACUACUCUUUCGGACUCAUGGAAACAAACCUGUUUGAUCGUGCUGAGGAGGUUGCCCAUGAGGCUCUGGCUAUAAACCCGACAGAUGCGUGGUCUGUUCACACUAUAGCUCACAUAUAUGAAAUGAAAGCAGAGGUGAAGAAAGGCUCAGCUUUUAUGAAGGAAACAGAGGCCAACUGGAAGAGCAGUGAUAUGCUUGCUUGCCAUAAUUACUGGCACUGGGCUUUAUACUUUAUUGAAAAGGGUGAAUAUGAAGCUGCUUUGACAAUUUAUGACAAUCAUAUUGCUCCCCGCUGUCUGUCAAGUGGAAGCAUGCUGGAUGUAGUAGAUAAUUGUUCAAUGCUGUACAGGCUUCACCUGGAAGGUGUAAAGCUUGGAGAAAGGUGGAACAAUGUUCUGGAGCUUACAAAGAAGCACACCAAAGAUCACAUUCUUCUGUUCAAUGAUGUACACUUCUUGAUGUCCUCACUUGGAGCCAAAGACCACAGAACAACGAAUGAACUUUUAACAACUCUUCAGGAACUUGCUACAGCACCUUGUGAAGACCAUGAGCUCUCCCUGGCUCCUAGCCUGGGGUUGCCACUCUGCCAGGCUUUUGUGGAGUUUGAAAAUGGAAAUUGUGACAAGGCUGUGGACCUGCUGUAUCCAAUCCGUUACCAACUAAUCCAGCUGGGAGGCAGCAAUGCUCAGAGAGAUGUGUUCAGCCAGUUAUUGAUUCAUGCUGCUUUAAAUUCUAAGUCACAAGCCAAUCAAAACCUUGCAAGGUGCCUCCUGAGAGAACGUGAUGUGGUGAGACCACAUUCACCCAUGACAGAGCGACUUAUUAGGAAGGCAGCAGCUGUUCAUUCCAGGGCAUAA